UAAGGAGGCUAUCCUUUGAAGAGUAAACAGUGAGUGAAACAGUCCUGCACAAGGUUCCCCCAUACAUUCAUUAAAUAUAAAAAGCCUCCAGGCUUCUUCAGGAGUUCUUGUGGUGCUUCAGACCAGUGAAAAGCAGCACAAGCUAUGAUGGGCAAGAAACUGAAUGCUCUGCUAGGAAGAAAAUCCAAGACAUUGGAACUCAAACCCCUGGCUAAUCUUGCUAUCUCAAGGAUUGCCAUUUUCAAGAAACAGAGCAAUGUUCGAUGUUCACAUGCUGAGUCCAAUGUCAUUCAGCUGCUCAACCUCAGUCAUCAAGAGCAGGCUCUCCUUCGUGUUGAGCAUGUGAUCAAGGAGCAUAACUUGUUGGAUGUGUUUGCAAUGAUAGAAAACUACUGCUAUCGUCUCAUUGAGGGACUUGUGCUCCUUCAGGACACCAGGGAAUGCCCUGACGAGCUCAAGGAGAUAAUAUCCAGCUUAAUUUUUGCGUCUUCAAGAAUUGGAGAAUUCCCAGAGCUACAACAGAUUCGCGAAAUUUUCGUUUCAAGGUUUGGGAAAGAAUUUGCCACUCGUGCUAUUGAGUUAAGAAACAACUGCGGAGUAAAUCCUAAGAUGAUACAGAAGCUUUCAACACGACAAGCAAGCCUGGAAAGCAGAUUGAAAGUACUAAAGCAAUUUGCUUUGGAUAAUGGGAUCACCUUCCAUCUUGAGGACGACACUCCUGUGAAUAUGCAGGAGAAACACGAUGUCAAUCAGAAACAGCAGCAGCUUGAGCCGAUAGAAGAUGCCAUCUUAAAUGAUCCCAAGGUAGGAAUAGUUGCACAAGAUUUGUCAGAGUCAAUCACAAAGGAUGAAAAAUAUUCCGAAUCGAUGAAGGCAAGAAUGUACAGAGAUGCGGCUGCUGCAGCACAAGAUGCUUUUGAAUCAGCCACGUAUGCUGCAGCAGCAGCGAGAGCUGCAGUUGAGCUAUCUCGAAUUGAAUCAUGGAAUGAAGAUUCAGAUGAACGUCCCGGUUUUCAUCAUCAAGGAAUCCCAUGAAACUCUGAUGGUUCAUCAAAAUCUAAAGUUCAAAUCAAUAAGGAUGCCAAUUCAAAAGAUGUCCUUGACAUCUAGAAGGGACUGGGUUUCAAGUGAGACAUUUUGGCCCAGGCAUGCUAUUCAUUGUAAGUCCCAAUUUCUUUUCUCAUUUAAUAAACUCAUACAUUACUGGCAAUUAACCUAGCAGUAUGAAUGAAUGAGAAAAUGUGAGGUCAUUGGACUUGCUUCCUUUCCUUUACGAGUAUGUACACAGAAAUAGAUUUUAUGGAUUAAUAG